GGAGAAUUUUGAGUUAUCGCUUUUCUGACCCCUGUUUUUCUCUUUAGUUUCUAAACUAGCAGAAUCGUGGGACAUCAAAAGUGGGAAGUUGAUUGUAGGUUUUUAUUCCUCACUCUCGUAUAGGUGAACUUGGUUCGUUCAAUUCUUAGGGAAAAGGAAGGAUCCACUGUGAAUGAAUGGGAAGACUGGAGUAGUAUCUUCAUUAGCCGGAAGGACUCCACUAGCUCGAAGAACGAACAAGAAAAGGCUUACUGUUUAGGUAGGAUAGAUGGAUGUAGUCCAAUGGCUAAAGCUCUGCCAGCUUCUUGUAGACUGAACUCUCUUCUCUUUAGGUUCCGAGUUGUUUUUUUUGGGGUAAGAUUUUUCUUCGCCACUAGUACCAACGAAGUUCUUGGUUAUUUGAAAGGAGGAAGGAAGAUCUCCACUCAUUUCAUUCAUUCAGUGCCUACGGCGAGGCGCGACCCACAACAAACAAAGGCAACGAAGUUGCUUGCUGUAGCCCUCUUUUAGUAGACUAGGCUGAGUAAGCGUAAGCUAUUUAAGUAGGCUCGAGAAGGGUAGGCUCGCAGCUUCGCCAGAAGCGACUAGUCGCCUCCUUUCCUCCGCCGAAAGAUGCUUAGCCAGAAGCGACGAAGGGGGGGCGUCGGGAAGGCCGACGACUACAUGACAUGAGGGAGAAGCUGUCGUAGAAGCUUUGCCCCUUGCUUUACAGAGAUUGUUAUGAACUGACUAAAUGACUAGAUUCUCCCGGCUAAGCUAAUAAAUAGUAUUUGUUCCCUUCAAUCAAAUCAAUAAGCUUUUUGAUUCAAGGCGCCGCCCUCUUUCUUAGAACCCAGGGAGGGGGGCCGUCGGCCCGGGAAGGGGAGAGUGGCCGAGUGGUCAAAAGCGACAGACUGUAAAUCUGUUGAAGUUUUUCUACGUAGGUUCGAAUCCUGCCUCUCCCACUUUUUUGUUGUAGACUUCAGAGAAGAGAAAGGAGGCAUUCGUCAGCGUAGGAAGGCCCACCGAGCGAAGCUCUUUCUUUUUUUUUUUGUUUUGGGCCGUGAAGUGAAAUUGUAUCGUAUGUUAGUUAGAGAGGUUGGCGAACUACUACGAUCUAUAGAUUCCCCAUCUAUAUCCAAUCCCAACGAGAAUAGAAGCGAGUCGCUUCCGGCUUGUAGUCGUAGUCUUUUAGUUUUAGCUUAUGUAGUGGUCGGCCUUCCUACACGCACGCGCCCGCCAGAAUGCCUCCUUGGUUCUGGACGAAGCCAGGCCGAUACAUACGAUAGGCGAAGGAAAGACCCCCAUAGCGCCUGGGCAAGUUUGAUCGAGGAUUGGAGAGGAGAGGUGGAAGAAAAGGCUCGGGAUGGAUUUAGGAGUCUUUGUGCGAGCCGUAUGCGGUGAGAGUCGCACGUACGGUUUUUAGGGGGGUUCGCGUCUAUACGUGUAGUGUGGUGGUUGGGCCUACCCACCCUAUUUGUUCCAUGAUCUAUGGGUCUACUGGAGCUACCCACUUCGAUCAAUUAGCCAAGAUUUUGACCGGAUACGAAGGUGCUCGAUCUAGUGGUAUUUUUAUGGGGAUUCUUUCUAUCGCUGUAGGAUUCCUAUUCAAGAUCACUGCAGUUCCUUUUCGGGCGGCUGUAGGACGGACGGCCGCCUAUAGGUGGUAGGGUAGGGUGGGUGGUACCGUUCAGAUCUAGGCCAAUCUUCCUAACCGCGCGCGGGCCGGGCUUAGAGCGCGUGAAACUCAUCACUACCUCGUAAGGGCAUUGAGACCAUAGCAUGUGACACGAAAGCGUCGCUUUUUCUGUAUCACAAAGCUGCCCGCCUAGAAGGGCCACUCGCUCUGUAGUGUUGUCACACAAGAUAAGCACACCGCCCGCCUGCUGGCCGGGCGAAUCGAAGUUCUCUUCCGGUCAACUGUCCACCCAGUCAAGUGCAAAAAACACAGUAGAAUCACGCAACGCACGCUGCUGGUGUGCUUCCUGCCCGCGAGGAAAGAAAGAAGAGCGACAAGGGUCAGAUUUGACUGUUUGCAGCAUGGGAGCGGAUUACCCAAAAAAUCCCUGGGAACAAUGAAAAAAAAAAGAUAUCUCGGUAACGAAAACUAUAGGGGGCUGUAUUGGCGAGAUCCAACGGUGAACAGCUGCCCAAAAGAAAGACCGCCUGGAAGUCCGAGGACCUUUAGUACCGUACCCUGCCCCCGAACCAGCAGCCUUCGCGCCAAGCAAGACCGCUCUUGCCCCUUUCCUUUCUCCAUUCCGCCUCUUUCUUUGCUUUGUUCCAAUAGAGUCUAAGGCAAAGCAAAAGUGGUUGCCUACUUUACCUACUUGACGAAAGGGAACGAACUUUGUUUCGUUUCCGGGUUUAUGGAUUGGAUUCAGUCAGCGUUACGACAUAAUCAAAAGGAAGGAGUGAAGCUUUGGUUACCGGCGAACGCUUCCAAAGGCGACCCCUUCGAGUUUCCGGCUGUUUCCUAGAUUGAAGUAGCCUUUCGUCGCCCGAAAGAAUAUCAAAGAGC